AUGCCCAUACAAUCGCAGUCGCGGGACUCGCUCGAGCUCGCGUCGCUGGCCAGCUCCAGCGUGGCCUACGACGGCGCGGCGUCGGACGUCUCGUCGCGCCCCAGUAUCUCGUCGUCGCGGCGGCUGUCCAUGGUGGAGGAGGAGGACCCCCUGGACGAGGGCAACCCGGCGGCGCGGGGCCGGCUGGGCCGCUCGUACUCGGUCUCGUCGGCCUUUGACUUCGCCGGCAACCUGUUCCCGCUGAGCUCGACGGCGGGCGCGGGCGGAUACGCACCCAUUGGCGCGCCGACGUCUGCCGGCCUGCGGGCCAGCGGCGGCCUGGGCGGCGGCUCGCUCGAGAAGCUCAAGACGCUGACGUACCUCAACGGCCUGUCGCUCAUCAUCGGGCUCAUCAUCGGCUCCGGCAUCUUCUCGUCGCCCAGCCAGGUCAGCGCCCGGCUGGGGUCCCCCGGCGCGGCCCUCAUCGUCUGGGUGGUGGCGGGCAUCCUGGCCUGGACCGGCGGCGCCUCGUACGCCGAGCUGGGCGGCGCCAUCCCCCUCAACGGCGGCUCCCAGGUGUACCUGGCCAAGACGUUUAGCGAGCUCGCCGGCUUCCUCUUCUCGUGGGUGGCCCUGCUGGUGCUCAAGCCGGGCAGCGCCGCCAUCAUCGCCAUCAUCAUGGGCGAAUACUUUGUCCGGGCCAUCAUCGGCGCCGAGGCCGAGACCAUCAACCCCUGGAUCAACAAGGCCGUUGCGCUCGUGGGCAUCUUUGUGGUGACGUUUCUCAACUGCGUCUCGACGAGGGUCGGCACGCGGGUCAAUGACUUUCUCAUGUUUCUCAAGUUCGUCGCGCUGAUUGGCGUCACUGUUGUGGGCAUCGUGGUGGCCGUGACGGGCCUCUCGUUCAAGGGGCCGGCGAGCAGCGAGUGGAAGUCGCACGAUUGGUUCAAGGGCACGUCUUCGGAUCCGUCCAACUGGGCGAUUGCGCUGUAUGCCGGGCUGUGGGCCUAUGACGGCUGGGACAAUACAAACUACGUCGUUGGCGAGUUUCGCAACCCCAGCAGAGACCUCCCGCGCGUCAUCCACACGGCCAUGCCGCUCGUCAUCCUCUCGUACGUCCUCGCCAACGUGUCGUACUUUCUCGUGCUGCCCCUGGCAUCCAUCAACGCCUCCAACACCGUCGCCGUCAUGUUCGGGUCCAAGGUCUUUGGCCCCCCCGGCGCGCUCGUCUUUGCGCUCAUUGUCAGCGCGAGCUGCUUUGGCGCGCUCAACUCGUCCACCUUUACGGCCAGCCGCCUCAUCUACGUGGCCGGCAAGGAGGGCUACAUCCCCGACAUCUUUGGCCGGCUGGGCGUCGGCAGCGGCAGCCCCGACAGCGACCACGGCCUGUCGACGCAGCGCUCCCGCAGCUGGCUCUCCAAGAAGUUCCGCAGCUGCUUCGGCGACGAGGACGCAGGCCUCUUCUUCACGCCCGUCUACGCGCUGCUGCUGAACGCGGUGCUCACAUCUGGCUACUGCAUCGUGGGCGAGUUCAGCACGCUCGUCACCUUUUACGGCGUCGCCGGCUACACCUUUUACUUCGUCACCGUGCUCGGGCUCAUCGUGCUGCGGGUCAAGGAGCCGCACCUGGAGCGGCCGUACAAGACGUGGAUCGCCACGCCCAUCAUCUUCUGCUGCGUCAGCCUCUUCUUGCUCAGCAGGGCCGUGUUCGCGCAGCCGCUGCAGACGAUGAUUGUGGUGGCGUUUGUCGCGGCGGGCAUACCCGUGUACUUUUGGCGGAUCAGGGGGAGGGACCGGUCCGUGAGGAGGAGGAGCGGCGGCGAUGCUGGGGAUGCCGAGAAGCCGUGGUGGCGGUUCUGGAGUUGA